GUUCGGUCGUGGGGGACAUAUAUGCCGGUGCACAACCGGAAGUGUAUUCCACCUGGACCGGAAGUGUGUUCUUUUUAUGCCUUUCCGGCAUGGCAGCGGAGAGAGGCGACUCGGUCUUGGUGGACGUCCCUCCUCAGGAAUGCCCCGGAACCGGCAGCGACCAAGCGGGGAAGGCGGAGGCAUGCCGGGGUUGCCCCAACCAAGGGCUCUGCGCCUCGGGGAGGCCGGCGGGGCCCGACCCAGCCAUUGAAGAAAUCAAGGAGAAAAUGAAGACAGUGAAGCACAAGCUCCUGGUCUUGUCUGGGAAAGGAGGCGUGGGCAAGAGCACCUUCAGCGCCCACUUGGCGCAUGGCUUAGCCGAGGACGAAGCCAGGCAGGUAGCUCUGCUGGACAUUGACAUUUGUGGCCCAUCUAUCCCUAAAAUCAUGGGCCUGGAGGGAGAACAGGUUCACCAGAGUGGCUCUGGCUGGUCUCCGGUGUACGUUGAAGAGAACCUGGGUGUUAUGUCGGUGGGAUUCUUGCUCAGCAGUCCUGAUGAUGCUGUGAUUUGGAGAGGACCCAAAAAGAACGGAAUGAUUAAGCAGUUUCUUCGUGAUGUGGACUGGGGUGAGAUUGACUACCUGAUUGUAGACACACCACCAGGAACAUCGGAUGAGCACCUUUCCGUGGUCCAGUAUCUCAGUGCCGCUGGCAUAGAUGGAGCAGUGAUAAUCACUACUCCACAGGAAGUGGCUCUUCAGGAUGUUCGAAAAGAGAUCACCUUUUGCCGUAAGGUGAAGCUGCCCAUUGUAGGAGUGGUUGAAAAUAUGAGUGGCUUUGUAUGCCCAAAGUGUAAGACAGAGUCGCAGAUCUUCCCCCCGACAACUGGAGGCGCGGAGGCCAUGUGCCACAGUUAUAACCUACCUCUCCUUGGGAAAGUGCCUCUGGACCCUCAAAUAGGAAAAAGCUGUGAUAAAGGACAGUCAUUCUUCUCUGUGGUACCAAACUCUCCAGCCACGUUAGCCUACCGGAAGAUCAUCCAAAAAAUCCAAGACUACUGCAGCCAAAACCAGCCUCAGGAAGAAGAGAACACUUGAACAACAAAGAGAAUUUACAAGUCAUAGGAAAGCACUGAUCACCUUAAGCCUCUCUGCACAGGAAGAUAUAAAUCAUUCCUUUUUCAAAUAAAUUGAAGUCAUAAAUGCUUA